GAGAAAAAGUUAAGGUCGCAGUAGGCAACGGUCCUAUCGCUGAAGAGCCUGGCGACUUGAGAAGAAUCCGCCUUUUUAGUACGAAAAAACAACACUCCAUAUUACAGUAAAGUGAUCAGGGGAAUAUGAGAAGUUCCACAUGCGCUCGAGGUCGUAAUUGUUGCUGUUGAGAGGGUGGAUUCUUAAAAAUGAAUAAAAAGUUCAAGAGUCUGCAGAAUCUCGUCGCGGUGCUUCUCUUCAUAUCCCUGUCCAUAGGGGUUCAGCAAUCUGACUCGGCGGCAUGUCAUGGCUGUGGAACUGGACCGAAAUGCGACUGCACGGGAGUGAAAGGAGCGAAGGGUGAGAGAGGUUUGGCAGGUCAAGAUGGGCAUCCAGGUUUACCAGGAUUCCCUGGACCAGAAGGGCCAAUUGGACCUCGUGGAGAGAAGGGUGAUGAUGGACUGCCAGGACCACCUGGACCUAAAGGAAUAAGAGGACCUCCUGGACUUCCUGGAUUUGCAGGGAUACCAGGAAUUCCAGGUCUUCAAGGAUUGGAUGGGCCUCCUGGUCCAAAAGGAAUUGCAGGCUGUAACGGAACAAAGGGUGAAAGAGGAUUUCCAGGAGCUCCAGGUUUCCCGGGUCUAAACGGUUCACCAGGACUACGUGGUGAACCUGGACAGAAGGGAGAGCCUGGUGAGGUCAUCAUUACAGAUACACAUGGAUCACCAGGAGAGUCAGGAAUCACCGGUCAGCCAGGCCCCAGAGGAGAUCCAGGCCCACCCGGGUUGCAAGGUCCUGUUGGUCCUCAGGGUCCAAGAGGUUAUGAUGGGCUACCAGGUCCUCCUGGUCCUCCAGGACCAAAGGGAAAUAUGGGGCUGAACUUCCAAGGGCCAAAAGGAGAGAAGGGUGAAACUGGCUUGCAGGGGCCUCCUGGGCCUCCGGGGCAAGUCGACCAGUUAAUAGGUGAAACAGACGGAGUGAUACUUCGAGGAGAGAAGGGUGACCGUGGACCACCUGGACCACAAGGAUUUCCUGGCCCUCCUGGACUACCUGGCCCAUAUGGUGGUCCGAAGGGAGAGAAGGGAGAGCCAGGAGAUGCUGGAAAGAGGGGUAAACCUGGUAAAGAUGGGGAUGCUGGGCCUCCUGGAAGUCGGGGUGUCCCAGGAGACCCUGGUGUACCUGGUCUUCCAGGAGGAAUUGGAGAAAGAGGGGAUAAAGGUGAGCGAGGAUUACCUGGACCUCCAGGCGUGGUGUUACCCUCACCCCUGAAUCGAGAAGGACCUAAAGGAGAUCCUGGGCUUCCAGGACCCCCUGGGAGGAAAGGAGAGCCAGGGAUACCUGGGGUCACAGGACCACCAGGUCAGCCAGGUCGUCCAGGAAUCGGAAUUCAAGGCCCACCUGGCUCCCCUGGUUAUCCAGGAGAGAGAGGACAGAAGGGAGAUCAAGGAUCGCCCGGAGCUUCUCUUCCAGGUGCUCCUGGCAGAGCUGGACCGCCAGGUGAACAAGGACUUCCAGGACCUCCAGGACCUCCAGGAAUAUCCACCGGUGGUGAAAACUGUCUCCCAGGACCACCAGGUCUUCCAGGCCUGAAUGGGGACCCUGGUUAUCCUGGGGAGACUGGCCAAAAAGGUGAAAAGGGUGAGACGUGUGUGAAUUGUUUCUUAAGUGGCAACCUCAUUCCAGGACCGCAGGGUCCACCCGGACCCCCAGGACCACCAGGCGGUCCUGGACUCCCUGGUUAUAAAGGAGACAGAGGAUCCCCAGGCAGCACUGGUCCUUUGGGGCCACCAGGUUUACAAGGAUUCCAAGGUUUACCUGGGCCACCGGGACAGAAGGGUGACCCUGGUGAUGCAGUUGCCUUUGAUGGUAUGAAGGGAGACAAGGGAGACCCAGGAUUCCCAGGCCCUCCAGGUCUGCCUGGGCGGGAUGGAACACAUGGCCUAGAUGGACCUCCUGGACCACCUGGUCCCAAGGGUGCACCUGGUUCAUUAUUGAUUAAAGGUGAACGUGGCCCUGCUGGAGAGACUGGUCCCCAAGGCCCUCCUGGAGACAGGGGUCGCCCUGGUCUUCCUGGAUUUGGCCCACAGGGACCUCCUGGAGAGAAAGGAUUCCAGGGUGUGUCAGGAAGGCAAGGACCUCCUGGAAAUCCAGGUCAGAAAGGUGAACCAGGUCAGACUGUCUCUGAGAAAGGAGCACCUGGACCCAGUGGAACUGAUGGAGAACCAGGUCUACCAGGAAAUCCAGGUGACCCAGGCCAACCUGGCUCCCCUGGUUUCCCAGGAUUUCCUGGCCAAAAAGGAGAACCUGGUCUCCCAGGUAUAGGCUUGCCAGGCCCACCAGGUCCUAAAGGAUACCCAGGUAUUGCAGGAAGUCCCGGCAGCCCUGGCAGACCUGGACCUCCUGGUGUGGAUGGACUACCUGGUGCACCUGGACUACGUGGCCUUAAGGGCGAACCUGGUUUUGGUAUUCCUGGACCUCAGGGACCCCCAGGUUUGCCUGGCAACCAGGGAUUCCCCGGACCUAAAGGUGAUCCUGGAUUCCCUGGAAAUCCUGGUGCACCCGGUCGACCUGGUAUCGACGGUCCUUCUGGCCCUAAAGGUGAUUCUGGUCUUCCUGGUUCUCCGGGUGCACCUGGCUCUCAAGGUCCCCCUGGUUUUGGUUUACCUGGACCACCUGGACCACCAGGACCUCCUGGACCUAUGGGCAAUCUUGGUUCCCCUGGUUCAAGGGGUGAGAAAGGAGACCCUGGUUCCCCUGGACUUGAUAUUCCAGGCAUGCCUGGUGACCAGGGUAGGCCCGGAUUAACUGGACCACCUGGUCCUCCUGGCCCUUCUGGGAUCCCUGGCAACCCUGGCCAAGAUGGUCUACCUGGAUUAGCUGGACAAAAGGGAGAAAUGGGUGUGAUGGGUGCCCCAGGACCUGCUGGUAAUCCUGGCAGUCCUGGUGUUCCAGGAUUUCCUGGACCAAAAGGUGAUAAUGGUCAGCCAGGAGCGCCAGGAACCCAAGGAGGCCGAGGAUUAAAGGGAGAAAAAGGUGAACGAGGUAUAACAGGCCCAGCUGGUAUCAGCACUGGUGGUGUUGUAAAAGGAGAGAAGGGAGACCCAGGACCUCAAGGACUUAGUGGAGCUCCAGGAGCAAAAGGUAUUCCUGGCCUUCAAGGAGAGCCAGGUAUCCCCGGACAGGAUGGGCGUCCUGGGCAACCUGGACCGCCAGGUCCUAAGGGAGAUCCCGGACUUCCAGGAACACCAGGUCUCCCAGGUGCUCCAGGGCUGAAAGGCAGCAUGGGCGAGAUGGGAUUGCCUGGCCCUCCUGGAAUUAAAGGAAUCCCAGGUCAAUCUGGGCGACCUGGACAGCCUGGCUCUCCAGGAGCAAAAGGAUUUCCAGGACCAAAAGGAGACCCUGGAACGCCAGGAUAUGGGCAACCAGGAGCUCCAGGAGCCAAGGGUGAACCUGGGUCUCCUGGUGCCCCUGGAACUGCAGGGCCAAAAGGUCUACAGGGGCCAUCAGGAAGUCCAGGGUUACCUGGAAACCCUGGUCCAAAGGGUGAUCCUGGCCUGCCAGGGCUCCAAGGUGCACCUGGUGCUCCUGGUCCUAAGGGUCUGGAUGGAGUUCCGGGCCCCUCUGGUCUAGCAGGAACACCUGGAAGGCCCGGAAGCCCUGGUCCACCUGGUGUGCCAGGUUUACCAGGAGACAAGGGUCAAGCUGGUCGUGAUGGUAUUCCUGGAUCAGCAGGAUUGAAAGGAGAGCCAGGUUCACCAGGUUAUGGAAUCCCGGGUCCUCCAGGAAUUGCAGGGAUGCCAGGUCAUAAAGGAGACCCUGGCCUCCCUGGCCAGCCUGGCGGCCCUGGCUACCCUGGGGCAAAGGGUGAUAUAGGAUCUCCUGGUACAACAGGCAACCCUGGUCUUCAAGGGCCCCCUGGUCCUCCGGGUCUGUCUAUUCCAGGGCCUAAAGGAAUCCAGGGUCCUCCUGGACCACCAGGAAGAGUAGGUCCUCCUGGCCCAGAGGGGCCCCGUGGACCACCAGGUUCUGGAGGAGUGAAGGGUGAGAAAGGAUACCCUGGAAACCCUGGAUCACCUGGUUCACCUGGACAGAAGGGAGACAUUGGAUCACCAGGUUUGUUGGGUCCUCAUGGACUUCCUGGAAGUGUUGGGUUUAAAGGAGACAUCGGCUUUCCAGGCGUUACAGGAUUACCAGGACCUAAGGGUCAGUCUGGUAUUCCUGGGGGUGCUGGCCUGCGUGGGGAUCCUGGUGAACCUGGUCCUCCGGGUCUUCCUGGUGAUCCAGGUCAAGCGCCAGGACCGAUUGUGUUAAAGGGUGCGCCGGGGCCUCCUGGUCCUCAAGGACCAAAAGGAUCCCAGGGGCUACCAGGAGAGGCAGGAUUGGAAGGGCUUCCAGGUCAGCCUGGUAGUUCUGGUGACCCAGGCCCUGAUGGACCUCCAGGAUUCAGUGGUCGACCUGGAGGGAAAGGAGAUCCAGGACAAUCUGGGCAGCCGGGUCAGCGGGGUUUACCUGGCCCUCCUGGUCCAGAUGGGAUUCCAGGUCCUCCAGGACCUCCAGGUCUGUCAUCAGCGGCUCAUGGCUUCCUGAUUACGAGACACAGUCAGACGACAGAUGUGCCUCAGUGCCCAUCUGGCACCUCUCUCAUUUAUGAUGGCUAUUCUCUGCUUUAUGUACAAGGCAAUGAAAGGGCACAUGGCCAGGACCUGGGAACGGCUGGAAGUUGUCUACGUCGAUUCAGCACCAUGCCUUUCAUGUUCUGCAACAUCAACAAUGUGUGCAACUUUGCUUCCCGGAAUGACUACUCCUAUUGGUUGUCUACUCCUGAACCCAUGCCCAUGAGCAUGGCUCCUAUCCAAGGAGAAAACAUCAAACCCUUCAUCAGCAGAUGUGCUGUAUGUGAAGCGCCAGCUAUGGUGAUAGCGGUGCAUAGUCAGACCAUCCAGCUGCCAUCAUGUCCACAGUUCUGGGAGCCACUGUGGAUUGGCUAUUCCUUCAUGAUGCACACUAGUGCAGGUGCAGAGGGCUCUGGUCAGGCUCUGGCAUCUCCUGGCUCUUGUCUGGAGGAGUUCCGCUCAUCUCCCUUCAUCGAGUGCCAUGGCCGUGGAACCUGCAACUACUAUGGCAACUCUUACAGCUUCUGGCUGGCCACCGUCGAACAGUCUGAAAUGUUCAGGAAGCCACAGUCCGAGACGCUGAAAGCAGGCAAUCUCCAGACCCGCGUGAGCCGCUGCGUUGUGUGUAUGAAGAGGACGUUAACAUAGCAAAGCAGCAAUGACCCAGCAUGACCCCGAAUCAGGGGCGAUCACCACGGCGACUGCAACAGUUACAUCAAGAACAUGUGGAAUUCUAGUGGUGCAUUAUCUUCAAGUUCAACUCUAUGGUGCUACUGUGCAACACAGCAAAAGAAACUGAAAAAAUGAUUAGUCUUUACUUUUUUUUCUUUUUUUUUUUAAAGAAGUACCUCAUACAGAGACAAAUCAACAAAAGUGCCAUCAUGGAUCAAUGACAAAAAAAAAGUGCAUUUUUUUCCCUCCUUUUAUUUUCGUUUUCUUUCAAAUAUUUUCUUCUUCCUAGAAUUUUGGUUCGUACGCAAGCAACACAUUUUCAGAGAGACGUGUUACCAAAUCGGCACUUUGAACAUCAAUGAAAGAAAAUGCACUGAAUAUUUACAUUUUAGUGAGACUGCAUUUUUGUAUGCUUUUUUUUUUCCUAUUCUAUCACUUUUUUUUCUGUUCCCUCCUUUCUAUCGCUCUUUACUUUCUCCCACUUCUUGGUGGUAUUAACACUGCUGUAUCCAAGAAUCUAUAACUACAAGCCUUUUUUUUCCUGUUUUGUAAGUAAUAAAAUGUGUAUAUUGUGUAAAACACCUUUUUAGUCUAAAACUUUUAAAUGGUACUUUAUAAUGAUUUUUUUUGUUUUGUUUUGUUUUGUUUUGAUCUCUUUGGCACGUGCUCAUUCACUCACUCCAUCACGCACUCAUUUAUAUUCUCUCACUUUUUCACUUACAAUAUUUGUACAAAGUAAACAUUUUAAUGAAACAGUAUUUUAUAUAAAUAUGAAUAUAAAGAGAUAUAUAUAUAUAGACAACUAAGCUUGAAUUGGCUGUGUAUUUUAUCAUACAGUUUCAUUUCCUCAUCAUCCAGUGCAUUUACAAACUACUGACUAAGAGUGGAUUUUUUUUUUUUUUUUCCGUAAUACUUGGGAUUAUCCACCACACCAGACACUCAAUAAAAUAGACAUCACAUGAAUCUGUUCAUCAUUCCCUUAUCUUCUGUAGCUGCUAUAUCAUAGCAAGUGUCAAAGUCUUGCGAAACGCUAGGUGUGAGGCGCCUUGGAUAGAUCUUUAUAUUGUUGCAUUUCCUUUGGUCAGUAGAUUUUUUCAAUGAAAAUCACCACCAGUUAAAUUUCACUAGAAUCAUCAGAAUAUUAGUAUUUGUUAUCCGCUUAUAUUACACACUAGUUUAGAAUUCAUUGCACAUGCACUAACAUUCAGGAGCCGUUGAUUUCUUUUCGUUUGAACUGAAUUUAUCAUGAGGUGCAAGAAUGUGUAUUUUAAUUUUUUUUUUCUAUCCCGAAAUAAAUAAGACUGAAACUAAAGGAAAGAUAUGCUCAUGGAUAUUUGUCCGAAUAUCCGACAAAUAUGUCAACAGGUUUCUGCAGUAUUCAGUGUGCCUUUUUUUAAAAAAUAAAUAAAUUAAUAAUAAUAAUCUGAAGUAUGCAAAGAGCAUGGCCAAUAAAGUUUUUAUGUAUUGUAACUGUACGUUGCCAGUGUUGCAUGUUGACAUGAAAGUUUCUUUUACAUGUACUGUAUAUUGUUGAGAGAAAUUGACAGUAUUUACAUUCAUCAGCCACUAGGGGGAGUAACGCAUUACAAGUAGCGCCUUUAGUCUGCCAUUGAGCGCAAUCACUCUUCACUUUUAACCUUUAUUCUGACUUUAGGUCUCUGCAAAUAUACAUUUGUGACUAACACAGUUUUCUGUUCUUGUUUGUGGAAAUCUGUUUUGCUGAUAAAUACAGCUGUGUGAACACCAGUAGAUGAUUCACCGCACAUCUGAGCACGACUGUAACUGAUGGCUUUACACAAAAAAUAAACAUUUCAUACAGUGUAAAGUGUUAGAAGUUCUGGACAGGGAAAAUAAAGAUGUACUUUAAAAUAAA